CAUCAAAACAUCUCCUGAGGGAUGAGCUUUUGAACGACACUUUUCGCCCAAGGCAAUUCCAAUGCCAGUGUGAAUCUGAACAACCCUUCUUCUUUCCCUCAAACCAGGUAAGUCCCACCCCCAAUUUUCGUCUAAAAGCCCCUCUAUUUGUUGCUUUUCAUUGCGUUCCCACGACCCCUGCAUUUCCGUGCAAUACUGCGGUCCAUGGCUACACAAUCGCUUCCGUCCACACCCAAAGUCGCGCCUGCCGCCGCGCCCAUCUCAACUCCUGCCUCGGAGGGCCCAGGAACUCCAGGCAAAUGGCGCCAUCCUCAACUCAGUGAGGUCGUACGACGCCAGAAUGCUUCAACAUUCAAUGAUAAGAAUCUCCGGAGUGUGGUCUGGAAUGGAGCUACACUGGUCUCGACAUGGCUUUUCGGGGGCAUCUUGAAGUCUUACGCUCGCCGCGUAUUCGACAGUGACCCUGUCUACCAGCACCUGCCUUUGCUCCUUCUGCAGGCGCUUCUGCUCUUCAAUAUUCUCCUCGCGCUGUACCCCCUCUUCAAGCCAAAGGAUGACCUUGCCGAUAUUCCUCUCACCCCUACUCAACGUGCACUUCUGGGGCUGGACCCCGGCGUGGUGGUGCCUCCUACUACCCCCGGAACUACCUACGUGACUCCACCCCGCUACCGCUUGUCCACUUCGCGCAAGGCAAGCCCCGUCAGUGCGAGCCGCCAAACCCACCUCUCCAUUGUCCUCGACCCCUACCUAUACAGAUCGCCGUGUCUCCUCGGGGACACCAUUCUCGCCCGUUUCUAGUCCACUGUUUAACAAGGCUGUGGCUAAUGGAGGUCGGGAAUCAGCUCGGAGACUGAGCAUCGGGUCCUCAUCCCCUCUGGCCCGAAGCAACUCGUUCGGGGAAUCCACUAUGUCUGGCAUGUCUGGCAUGUCCAGCAUCGGACCCAGCACGCCUUCUCCGCUUAGUGGAAAACGUCGUAGCCUGGGUGUGAGCAACAAGUGGCUUUACGAGAGAAGCCGGAGGCUAUCAGCCAGCAAUGGAGCUAUGUGAUAGCUGGUCAUUUAUCAUCGGUGGCGUGAUUAGGAGUUGCAUGUUGAAUUACGGUUUUGAGCGAACUUUUAGUACUGAAAUGAUUAUUGAAUUAAUUAC